GGCUUGUCUUCCGCCACCAUGUCUGUGGACAGGCUACCUGUCGAGCUGGAGCGUGAAAUCUUUGAGACGACCGCUCUUAUGAACGCCGAGCGGAUACCGACACUGCUGCUCGUCGCCCGGCGUGUCUUGGUUUGGCUCGAGCCGCUUCUUUACCGCACGUUGCACGUCGGGCUGACGCCCGCGGACGCCGGGCAGUUCAAGGCACUCCGCGCUAAGUCUCCAGCGUUUAUCGCCAGCGCUGUCCGCCGACUUGUGCUGUAUGAGGAAAACAACUGGGACCUGGACGCGGACAACACACUGUCCACAUUUGCCCUGUGCACGGGGACGACCGCUGUCGCGGUGCACGGCACCAUCGCAUCCGCCGGGCUCCUCCCGCUCCUCUCAAAACUGCAGCUGACUCACUUCUCCGGCUUCCUGACGGACAUUCUCCCGAUCCACCCUUCCACCGUGCCCGCACCGGGCGAUCUUCUGCCGGCCCACGGCGUCAGAACGCACUCAUUCUGCAAACGGCUCACGCACCUCGACCUCUUUGAGCCGCUCGCAGAUGAGUCUGCCGCUGCCGCGCUAGUGCUUGCUGUGCUACCGCACCUUCCAUGUCUCACCCACCUCGCGAUAAGCCACUUCGAGGCGAUCGCGGAGAUUGCAGCCCCACUGGUGGGUCUCCUCCAGAGUUGCGCGCGGCUGCAACUUCUUGUCGUGCUCAACCACGACCGCAGCGCACGCACGCCGAGUCUCGCGCGGACUCGUGCGACAGUCGGCGCAGUGCCGGAAUCUUUGCGGGACCCACGAUUCGUCAUGUGCUCGUAUCAGCACUGGGCGGAGGGUGUCUUCACAACCCCGAAUUUCUGGACUACGGCGGAGCAUUUCCUGGAGAGGAAGCGACGGAAGGAGGUCGAUCAGAACGACUUUUGGGCUCUAGAUGUUUCCUACUAA